UGGACACUGCAGAGAUCGCCCCAGCUCCAGAUCAAAGGAGUGUAGCACCGCAGCAUCCAAGGCACACGAGACCUGCCCCGACAUCUACCCCUGAAUACACGCACCCCCUUUUGAACGACCCCCUUGACCCGGCUGCCGGAUCGAGCAAGGUACAUCAUAUAUACACACACAUUGGAAGACUACGUACAACGAUAGUAGCGAUCCGCCCGCAACCAUGGGCUACCCCGACACCUUUGAGGGCUUCUGCGUCGACGGCCCCAAGACGUGGAGCACGUUCCGGCGGGCCGAGCUCACGCCCAAGCCGUUUGGCGACCGGGACAUCGACGUGCAGAUCGAGGCGUGCGGCGUGUGCGGCUCCGACGUGCACACCAUCACGGGCGGCUGGGGCGACUACGAGGGCCCCCUGUGCGUCGGCCACGAGGUCGUGGGCCGGGCGGUGCGCGUCGGUAAGGGGGUCACCACCUCGGGCAUCAAGGAGGGCGACCGCGUCGGCGUCGGGGCUCAGGUCCACGCCUGUCUCCGCUGCCGGCUGUGCACCGCCCGGCCGCGCACCGAGGAGUGCUACUGCCCGCACGAGAUGGUGGACACGUACAACGCGCAGUACCCGGACGGGUCGUGGGCGCAUGGCGGCUUCGCGAGCCACAUCCGCGCCCACGACUUCUUCACCUUCAAGAUCCCCGACGCGCUCGAGACGGAGGCCGUCGCCCCGCUGCUGUGCGCCGGCAUCACCACCUACUCGCCGCUCGUGCGCGCCGGCGUCGGCCCGGGCAAGCGCGUCGGCGUCGUGGGCAUCGGCGGGCUCAGCCACCUCGCCCUGCAGUGGGCCAAGGCCCUCGGCGCAGAGACGUACGCCCUCACGCACUCGCCCGGCAAGGCCCACGACGCGCGCAAGCUGGGCGCCAAGGGCGUCAUCGUGACGAAGGCCGCGGGGGCUAAGGGCGAUGGGGACAAGGACGCCAGCGCCUGGGCCGACGACUGGAAGUACACCUUCGACUUCAUCCUCAACUGCGCCGACGCCACCGACAAGUUCCACCUGCCCACCUACUUCUCGCUGCUCAAGCCCGGCUGCGACUUCCACAUGGUCGGCAUCCCGGACAAGCCGCUGCCCGAGCUCAGCGCCGGUGCCUUUGCCGCCAACGGCGCCAAGCUGACGGGCAGCCACCUCGGCAACAACCAGGAGAUGAAGGACAUGCUGCAGCUGGCCGCCGACAAGGGCGUGCGCGCCUGGGUCGAGACCAUUGACAUUUCCGCGGACGGCUGCAAGCAGGCCGUCGAGCGCCUCAAGGAGAACAAGGUCCACUACCGCUUCACCCUGACGGGCUUUGACAAGGCGUUUAAAGCCUAGAUAGACAUGUUAGUAGACCGGGCACGGUAAAGUGGUCCAGGGGGGCGUUUAACAGUAAGUCUGUAUAUAUAGGCGGUUGGUGGGUAUGAGAAUUCAGGGAUGCGGAGUUGGGGGGGUUUCUGAUACAAAAUGAACCAAGUCCGGU